AUGGCAGCACUAGAGUCCAAUUUGCCAAUUGCUGUGGCCUUAGCUGGUGUCGCGUCUCAUCUGUUCUUCUUCAAGCUUGGGGAGCGCGAUAUCUAUCCUCUCAGAUACCUGCAGGCUUUUCUCCUGGCUUGUAUGAUCACUACUGUUGCUAAAUCAAGCUAUGGUAACCUUCCCACCCAAGAUGCUUUAGCUUUCACGGUAAAGUAUGCUGGCCUCUACCUUGCUGGUCUCUAUAGCAGCUUGAUUAUUUACCGCCUCUUCUUCAACCCCUUGAACAAGAUUCCUGGACCGUACUGGGCACGACUCUCCAAGUUCAACUUCGUCUUCCGUGUUGCAGCCAAAUUGGACUGUUGCCAUAACCUCCUCGAGCUCCAUGAACGCUAUGGCAAAUUCGUACGGAUCGGUCCUCACGACGUAUCCGUUAUUCACCCUGAUGGUGUUGAAGUUAUUGCAGGUCCCAAGUCCAAGUGUACCAAGGCUCAAUGGUACGCCCAAGAUGUGCCAUUGAUCAGCAUGCAUACCUGUCGUGACCGUGCUCAACAUGAUCGUCGCCGCCGGAUUUGGUCACCUGCGUUCAGUGACAAAUCUCUGAGAGGGUAUGAAAACCGCAUUGAGAAAUAUAACGACCUCUUGCUCCAAAAAUUGGAAGGGUCGACUGGUCAACCAGUCAAUAUGUCAACAUGGUUCAAUCUAUAUAGUUUUGAUGUCAUGGGUGACUUGGCCUUCGGCAAAUCUUACAACAUGCUAGAGGCCGGUGAACUUCAUUGGGCCAUCAAAUUACUCAAUGGUGGCAUGGACCCCAUGGGACUAGGCCUCCCAGUCUGGUGCUUCCGUGUCAUCACAGCUAUCCCCGGUCUAGCUGCUGACUACUGGAAAUUCAUCAACUUUUGUGGGGAACAACUCGAGGAUCGUAUCAAAGCUCAGGGAAAGAUGAAGGAUCAAGACAUAACCCACACUUUGAUCGAGCAUUACCAGAAAGGCGAUGAAGCUACUCGACGCGUGCAAUUUCCAAUGUUGCAAGGUGACUCAAGGCUCAUUAUCGUGGCCGGCAGUGAUACAACCGCGGCAACUUUGGUUCACUUGUUCUACCACAUCUCCACUCAAAAGGAGCUGUUGCGGAAUCUCCGCAAAGAACUUGAUGGGCUAGUGAAGCCAGGCGAGAAGAUUGAACAUGUCAAGAUUCAGGACGCACCGUUAUUGAAUGCAGCUAUCAACGAGACUUUGAGGCUCAAUCCUCCAGUACCCAGUGGUGUUUUCCGCAAGACACCAGAGGAAGGCGUCAUGAUUGCAGACCAAUACAUACCAGGAAAUGUCUGUAUACAGAUGCCUGGAUAUGUGAUGGCACGUGAUGUGGACAAUUACCCGUCUCCGUACGAAUUCAUCCCAGAGCGAUGGACCUCGCGACCCGAUCUUGUCCUACACAAAGACGCCUGGGGUCCGUUCGGUACCGGGCCAUACGGAUGUAUCGGCAAAAAUUUAGCAUACCUAGAAAUACGCCUGCUCACCGCUAACCUGAUCCGCAAAUUUGACGUCCGUUUGGCCCCAGGUGAGGAUGGAAACAGACUCCUGAAGGAAUCCAAGGAUCACUUUACCAUGGGUCUGGGAGACAUUGACAUGAUAUUCACGAAGCGAGAUUAG